UAGUGAAGCAAUGUUGCGUCAGUGGGUGCAGCGCCUCAGUCUUCAGUCCAGAGCACAUGCCGACCACUACUUGUUCCGGACCGUGUGCCCUAAAUUUUCCACAUCCAGUAUUCCUUUUAGGAGAAAAGACAUAACAGGAGAAAGCACUGAAGACUCACUCAUCUCAGAGGGGGAAUCCAUAGAAAAAAAUUUCACUCAUGAAACUCCCAAAGAACUUCUGGACAAUGCCGCGCAAUACGACAACACUGUUGAUACUCCUGAUGACAUGUGGACCAAGGGACCCUACCCGCACCAGAGUAAAUACAGCCAGAGUCAGGCCAAACACUCCAAGCGGCCUGAUAUUGACCCAAGAGAAACCUCCAUCAUCUUAUUUCCUGGACAAGGUACUCAGUAUGUAGGAAUGGCCAAAGACCUCCUUCAAUAUCCUAGUGUAGAAGAAAUGUUUCAGGCAGCCUCAACAAUUCUUGGGUAUGAUCUGCUCAAGAUGUGUCUGCACGGUCCCCUGGAGUCCCUCACCAAGACAGUGCACCAGCAGCCAGCCAUCUUUGUCACCUCUCUAGCAGCUGUGGAGAAGAUGAGAGAAGAGAGGCCCAGCAGCCUUGAGAACUGUGUUGGGGUGGCUGGCUUCAGUCUUGGGGAGAUCACAGCCCUCACAUUUGCUGGGGUAUUUUCCUUUGAAGAUGCAAUCCAGCUGGUGAAGGUUCGAGCAGAAGCAAUGCAGCUAGCCUCAGAACUGGUGCCCAGUGGCAUGAUGACUGUCAUGUAUGGCCCAGACUCCCGCUUGGGCUUUGCUUGUUCUGUAGCCAAGGAGUUCUGUCAGCACAAGGAGUUGCCACUUGUUGAUUGCCGCAUUGCUAACUACCUCUAUCCGCACUGUAAGGUCAUUGCGGGUAAUGAUGAGGCUCUGUCUUUCAUUGAAUCCAAUAAAUCAGACUUCCGGCUGCGACGCUUAAAAAGACUGCCAGUGUCUGGAGCAUUCCACACAGACCUCAUGAGUCCAGCUGUUGCACCCCUGCAGGAGAUUCUGAAGAAAAUAAAAGUUGAAAAACCUCUUGUUCCUGUUCACUCUAACAUAGAUGGCAAGAUUUACAAGAAUGCAGCAGAAGUGAAGAAGAAACUCCCAAAACAAGUCUGCUCUCCUGUUAAGUGGGAGCAGAUAAUGCACAUAAUUUAUGAAAGAAGUCAAGGAGUACCCUUCCCAAAAACAUAUGAGUGUGGACCAGGAAAUUCUUUAAAAAACAUGUUGAAAAUGAUUAAUGCCAAAGCUUGUGAUUCUUGUACAAGUAUUGGAUCAUGAAUAAACAAAAAAAGACCUUCCAAAAAAAUUAGCAAAGUGAAUUGUAUGUAAUGUAAACAAUCUCUGGAAAUCUUAUGUAAAAAAAAAAAAUUUAAAUUAAAAAAUGUGAAGUAAAUCUU